CGGCAGCGGUGAGAGCCCGGGUACCCGUCCCGAUCCCGCCGUCAGCCCGUCCCCGCCCCGCAGACUGCCAGCUGGAGAAGCUGCCGAUGCGGCCGCGGGACCGUGCCCGGGUGAUGGACGCCGCCAAGCACGCCCACAAGUUCUGCAACGCAGAGGAGGAGGAGAGCGUCUUCCUGCGCAGACCAGAAGGCAUAGAGCGGCAGUUCAGGAAGAAAUGUGGCAAGUGUGGACUGCUGCUCUUUUAUCAACACCAACAGAAAAAUGCUCCUGUGACCUUCAUUGUUGACGGUGCUGUGGUCAAAUUUGGCCAGUGUUUUGGGAAAACAAACAUAUACACCCAGAAACAAGAACCUCCCAAAAAGGUGAUGAUGACCAAACGGACCAAAGACAUGGGCAAGUUCAGUUCUGUCACAGUCUCCACAAUUGAUGAAGAGGAGGAGGAGAUCGAAGCGAGGGAGAUUGCAGACUCCUAUGCACAGAAUGCAAAAGUGAUUGAGAAACAGCUGGAACGCAAAGGCAUGAGCAAAAGAAGGCUACAGGAGUUGGCUGAGUUGGAAGCCAAGAAAGCCAAGAUGAAAGGAACCCUGAUUGAUAAUCAGUUCAAAUGAAACUCUGCACAUCUACUGGGUAUUUGGAGACAGGGGAAAGCUACCAGAAGCUAUCGCAGAUCUGUCAGCAAAGCGGAAUUAACAGGCAACGUUCAAGGGCAACAUGCUGCAAUCAGCUUGGAGGAUGAGUACCUCUCUGUCAUAGCUGAUACUCUGGUACCAAUUUUAAUAACUCUAGUGGCACUGGAGACUUUGCUCAAACUGCCAUUCUCUACAGACCCAGUGUUGUGAGCAAGAUGUUCCAGCCAGAAUAUCUACCUUCGGGAAAAUCUUCACUGGGUGCCUUCCUGAGUUCAGUGCACCUUUAGAUACCUCUGUUUUCAUUUUGGUAGUUUUCAAAUGUGUAAGAUUUCCAUAAAUGUACUAGAACAACAGGUCAACUGUAACAACAAAGAAAUCAUUACAAAAGUAAACUGUGCCUGUAGUUCAUACUGUUAUUUUAAGUGGGUCUAAAAUGCGCAGCAGCCUGAGAGAUUUGCCAUUCUGAGACAGUCUGGAACGACUCAGGUGCAAGGCUUGGGGAUCGUGGUGCUGCUCACCUGGACCAGCAGUGCAGUCAGGCAGCACAGGCUUGGCUAUAAGCUCUCAGUCUCAGCUCCUCUUGAACAUCAGAAAGCCACAGCUGUACAGAAUUUCACCAUCCCUGCUCAAUGCAAGAACAUGAAAUCCAACUGUAAACACAAACUGCCUGUGUACUAUACCACUAAUGAGUACAAAUAUAUAGUUGGAAGCUACUGAUGUGAUUGGUGAUCAUUUAAAGUAGAACACAACUGCACUAGUCUGCACUAACUCGUUCUGCAAAACAUUAUCGGUAUUUGGAGAUGUAAAAUGUGAAGGAGAAUUGUUUUGAAUGCACUGACCGCUAAGGACCUGGAUAAAGACAACAUUAAGAAUUGGUGUGUAAAGUACCUUGCUUGGGAAAUAAUGUUUUGUGUCUCUUGUGUGAUGUAACAACAGUGCUCUAUAGCCUGUGUCUUUGUUGCUGUAUUUGGGAUUAAAUACCCUGUUAUGGGUUUGAACUAAAAUACUUCCUAAGGUGUUCUUACUCUACCAAAGUAUAAAACAAUGUGAGUGAUGAACAAGAUGCUUCAUCUUCCACAAUUACUAUGAAAGACUUCCUAUAAUCAAUAAAGAUUUUUCAUCUGGCUUUGUAA